CCUAAUCUACCCCCCUCUCUCUCUCUCGACUCAAUUUACAAAGCAUUCCAUGAAGAUGAACACCGUCUUCAUCGUGCCUCAGGAAGACGAUUAACCUAGCUAACCCUAACCUGUCUUCAUUGUGCCUCACUGUACCCUAACUGUCUCUUCAUUGUGCCUCACGAAAAACCCCUAACCACCACGAAGAACGUCGCCGGUCGCCGGCGCUUGCAAUGCCUCCGUCGAAGAACCCCUAACCGCACGAAGAACCCCUAACCCUCCUUUGAGUUUCUUCGCUCUUCUCUCACCAUUCUCACCCUCAAGCUCACUGAGUCUCACCUCUCUCAUGGCUGGUCUCGCCGUCGACCUCUCUCUAUCUCUCCGGUAUAUCGCUUCUCUCGCGGGCGUUUCAGACUCAAGGUCGUCACGCUCUAUUUCCGUCGCUACUCUAUCACCGUCGCUGCUCUAUCGCGCUCUGUCGCAAGCAAAUCGAUGGAAUUCGACCCGAUCCCAAUCGUUCCUGCUCCAAAGAGAACCAGAGCAUCUACCAGUAGCUGUUUAAAUUACGCUGAUUUAGGUAUGCAUUGUUUAAAUUACGCCGAUAAAUCUUAGGGCUCAAUUUUUCUACGCCAGUUUUAGCUAGGUUUAUCAUACUCUGCUUUUGUGGCUCAAUUGUUUAAUGGUUCAAACUAUUGCCAUGCUUGUUGGUCCUGAUGCUCCCAUUGUUCUAUUGUUUAGGCAAUUUGUAAGAUAGAAUCAGUUAUACACUAUACACUAAAAGAGUUUUGAUUUCAAUGCUUAAACUACUUUAACUGUAGUAUGUAGAUAGAAUUUCUCUUCCUCUUUUGAAUAUUAUCCGAAUCUGGAAAGUGGAAGCUUGGUUCUUUUACUUGUCAUAAGAAACAUAUCAGAGACUCAAGCUAGUUCUUUCUUUUUGCUGCUUUUCAAAGAUUCUAUCUCUGAAUGUGCAAAGUAGGACAAGAUGGAAAGUAGAAGGAGCAAAGCAAUGGCUGCACAGAAAAAUGGGCGUCGAUCAAAUCAAGAAAGGAAAAUGGCUUUGAUACAAGAUGUUGAUAAAUUGAAGAGAAAGCUGAGACAUGAAGAGAAUGUGCAUAGUAUACUUAAUACUUGCUUUCUUUCUUGUCAGGAACAAAGUCGAAGUGGCUGCACUAGAACAGAAAAGGCUAGGCAUUGGCGAUGGAUCAGUUGGGAUGUUCUCCUCACUUAUUGUUCGUGCAUGCAGUAUCUCUUUGAUUGCUUCAGGCAUGCUUUGCCCUUUUAUCAUCUUCUUCCAAUAUUCUCCCACCAACUGGCAGGUGAUGCAUGGUUUCUAAAUACUCCUGAACAAUCAUUGAGCUUCAUCCUUGCAGAUCAAGGUUUUGAUGUAUGGGUAAGAAAUGUGCGUGGAACACACUGGAGCCAUGGUCAUAGGUCUUAUUCAGUGAAGAAUAAGAGCCAGAGUUUGUACAGUGCUUGUUGUAAAGUUUUCUUCUACUGCAGCAGAUUCCAUUCAUUUAGAUGAAGAUCAGUUUGAUGUAAUUCCACCAGAAAUCGGUUCCGUAAGCUCACUUGGAAAGAAGAGUAUUAGAGAAGAACCAUCUAAGAGAAAGAAUCCUGGAGCAGUCAAAAUUAGUCCUUGGACAUUGGCACGAUUAAAUGCAGAAGAGGUUUCCAAGGCUGCUGCUGAAGCAAGAAAAAGGUCCAAAAUUCUUUAUCCUGUUUUAUUUAUGCACACAAAAGGAAUUAUUUUUUCCGGUGUCUUAUCAUUCUCUCUGCUCUCAUUUAUGUAUGUGAA